CCACAACUGGGAGCUGGCAGUGCGGCUGGGCUCUGAGUUUGACUCCGUUUCUUUGAGUUGGAGCCUUUUGGUGGAUGCCAUUUCUGGUUCCCUGAAUCACAGCUUUGAGAGCACUUGGGUCUGCUUCCUUUUCACUGCAGACAUGGAAGACAAUUAUGUUGAUUCUUUGGAUCCAGAGAAGCUGAUACAAUGCCCAUAUGAUAAAAACCAUCAGAUCAGGGCCUGCAGGUUCCCUUAUCAUCUGAUCAAAUGCAGAAAGAACCACCCUGAUGUUGCAAACAAAUUGGCUACCUGUCCUUUCAAUGCUCGCCACCAAGUUCCCCGGGCUGAAAUCAGUCACCACAUCUCAAGCUGCGAUGACAAAAGCUGCAUUGAACAGGAUGUUGUCAGCCAGUCCAGGAACUACAGAUGCGAGGCUCUGACUGUGAACACAUGGCAAUGCCCUCCUUGUGAUGAAGACUGGGAUAAAGAUUUGUGGGAGCAGUCCAGCACUACCUUUGUCUGGGGCACUGCUAACUGCAGUGGCAAUAACAGCCCUGCGAACAAUGUAGUUGUGGAACAUAAGAGUAACCUGGCUUCAGGCAUGCGGGUUCCCAAGUCUCUGCCAUAUGUACUACCAUGGAAAAGCAAUGGAAAUGCACAGUAACUGAAAAUCUAUCUCAUCAAAUGACAGACCCAAGAAGACACUUUUGCCUCCUGCUACUUACUACCAGUGGGUUCUUCAUUUCUCUUCCUAAUCUUAUUUUGGAAAGAUAAACUGUCUGUGGCUCUGAUUGACCAGUUCGCUUUUUUUCCUCCUCCCCUCCCCUUUCCCCACUCGAGCACUUUCUGCAGUGCCUCCUCAGAAGAGCUUUUCCAAAUAAACCUCAGAGGUACUAAGACUAGCCCAGUAGCUACCCAGAAAACAGCAUCAGCCCUAAAAGUAAACCCCCUCUUUUCUACCUGGUGAAGGACACAUAUUUGAAGCUAUUUACCUAAACUACACCCAGUAGGCAGAAAACUUGGGCUAGAAACACUAGUGCCACUUAAAGCUUAAUCUAAGUAUUUCUCUGUAUAGUACCAAGAGGCCUGAUAUGUUUCAGCUUUCAUAUAGUUGACCAACUAUGGUCCACCAAUCCAUAAGAUCCUUGAAAUAUGGAUAGAGCUCAUAUAGAAAAACGCUUCUACUUUCUUUUGGUAGCUUUCCUUUAUGGUAUCUUACUGUUCCCAAAGCACGUGGCUUUUUCUCCUCCUACUUCUCCCCAGUUGCUAAAGGAAAUUGUACUAGCUGUCAGACAAGGUAUGUAUUAGGAAGGGAAUGUUGAUGUGGGUGGAGGGAGCUAUCUAUCCAUUCUGUAUGUACUGGGGAGAAAUGCUUACCACCUCUUUGUGAAAUGUAUUUAAUUUCAAAAAUCUCCAAAGCUUAAAUGUGUAUGAAGACCUCGCAGACUUGACUAGGAUAUAUCACAAUACUUAGUCCCAGGCUGGGAUUAAGGGAACAAACCCAGCAUUUUGUUGGCAAAUCAGACUUAUGUGGCGACUUCCUAAUCUCCAAGGCCUGGUUUUUCUUUGAUAACCUUAUUCAUGCAUUGUCUUGUAUAGAGACUUUGGGGAUCUGGCAUCGAUAGGAGCCCUAAGCACUCCAUAUAACAACUAAUUCUGAAAAUUAUCUUCUCUAACCAUCUUUGUCAAUAACAGAUAAAAAAGAAAUUGGGCUAGUGGGAGGGCAAGUAUUGUGGAACCAAGCUAUAACAAUGAGGCAGGGCUACUGGUCUGGGAACAAACUCCAGUCAGGUUUGAAGAUAGAGCUUUUCCAUUUUCAGCUCUGUUUGUCUGAGUAGGGAAAUAGGUAUUUCUGGGGAGGACAACAUUUCAUUGGGAAGGAAAUCACUCCCAUUAUUCCCUCCUCCCUCCCCCCUUCUAGUUAAGGGUCAAUCAGCACUACAUAACAGCUUAACUUGGUCCUGGUAGGGUGGGAAUAAGAGAGGGGCUGAAUAAGAACU